AAGAAUAAUGUGACAAAUCAAUAUGGAAACGGUUUAAGAAAUAUAGAAAAAAUGGUUUUUUUACUCCAACUCCAGAAAAUGUAGGACAAAUAUUUCCAAAUUGUUCAAGUUAUAUUUUUCUUUUCGGUGCCGGUACAUAAAUUAAUUUAAUACAUACAAAAUACAACCAUGAAUAUCAGAAAUAGAACCAAAGAUGUUGGUCUGGCUCUAUUCAAAUUGGACAAACUGCCACUGCAGAAGUUACGAGGAAAAAGUACAGUCGGCGGCUCAAAGGAUUCCAGUCCAGAAGAUGCGAACUGCAAGAAAUGUAAGCAUUUGAUUGAAAAAUCCUUCAGUAUAGAUAGAGAGCAUGUCUCGCGUGCUGUUGCUGACAAGGAUGAGAAGAAGGAUAAAUUGGAAACUAUAGUGGAACACCCAUUGGUGGAGGCGGAGCCUAGGGUUGAGGGUAUAGACGCGCCUCCAAAACUAUUUGGUACGGAACGGUUCAAGCAACCUCAAGACCGUCGAUUACAAAAAAGUUUUGAUUUAAGCAAAUUGACAGGGUUAGACGAUUUAGCUUGUAAGUUGAUGAAUGUACCACCAUCACAAAUUGAUAGUAAAUUAUUGGAGACAUGUCUUACCGCUAGAGUUGUAGACUUUGAUAAAUCACGAACUUAUCCAAUAGUUGAAAACUUUGAUUGCGAUGUACCGGAACAUAUCGGUCAAACUAUUGAUGGUUUUUGCAAGGAUGAUAAAGAUACUCUACAAAUAGGUAGGUAUUCAAAUCUGACUCCUCUCUUAUACAGAAGCUAUGAUCUACAUCUGGAAUCUGAUUCAGAUGAAAAAUCAUUUAAAGCUGAGUCAUCACAUCCUUUACAUCUAGAUGCUGACUUUAAGAUGUCUAUUGAAAAAGAUUUUUUAAUGCAUGAUUUGAAUUUACACUCGUUUCCUAUUAGACAUGAAUUUAUAGCUUAUAAUAUGAUUGUACCACCGCCUUUACCACCCAACGACACGUCUAUAUCGAGUCGAAUGGCAUACGAGGAGGAAAUCCAGGAAAGCUUCCGCCGCGACAGGACUAUGCCGCCCUACAUGAGAGAGUAUAAGUUAGGCAAGAAAUCACAGGAUGCGAGCACAGUACAAGAUGCAAGCGAAGAGAGUUACAGAAAUUAUCUAUCUACGUUAUCCGGAUCCGCCACCUUUCAAGAAUCAUUAGGACCGGGGAAAGUCAGCACAGGUAAAUCCACAAAACAGGAGAUUCCCCUAUCUCAGCUACUCAAGCAAGUAAGACAGAGAAAUAAGAUCGCACAAGAAAUGGCCAAGAAGAAAUUAAAAUUUGAUGUUAGUCCUUUUUUUAGCAAAUCAACGUGCUUUCCGCCUUUAGACCUACGCCCCAAGUCUGCGACAUGCCCCCCUAAAGCCUGCCCACCUCGUAAGAAGGAAACUCCCCCUAGAAAAGCUAUGCCUUGUCCACCACCAAAGAAACCUCCGUGUCCUCCACCCAAGAAGGGUCCGUGCCCUGUUAAAUCUAACCCAUGCGAUCCCUGCAAACCUCCUCCACCUUGUCCUGCUCCAAAAAAUCCAUGUGGCUUGUACACUGGAAACAAAUUUAAAGAUACAAUCACAUUGAUUCUUUGCGGUUUUAAUCCAUCUAACAUUUUACGACACACUUUAGGGUUACCUCUGCUGUGGAAUUUCUCUAAUAAUCUAGUAAAAGAUACUAGAUUCCACAGUCUUUCUACAACUUCGAUAGCAAACUCUAAAGCUUUAAAAUUAAAGUCUUCUCACGACUUGUGGGCAAAGGACACGUCUGAUGACUAUUUUAAAGUUUCUGAAAUUCUGAGAAUUUCUGAUUUGGAAAAAAAACAAAGGGAUAUAGAGAGUGUUUAUUUUGCAAGGAGUUAUGAUCCAUGGGCACCUAUCCCGUCCUGGCCGGCGGUAGAAAAGAAGGAAAAAAAGAAAUUGGUCUGCCCUAAGGAUGGUUGCAAGGCGCCAAAAGUUUUGCCCAGCAAGCCCUGCAAGGAGUUUCCGUGCUCUUUUAAUGCUGCAGAUCGAAAACGUUAAGUAAAAUAAAAAAUAAUUUGGCUGUGACAUGGAAUAAUUAAAUAUUGCAAAAUUUUAAAUCAGUAAAUC